AAGAGGUCAAAUUACUGACCGAGGAAAGAGACUCCCUCACCGAAAGAAUCAGGGUAACAAUUCUCGCAAAAAAAUUUCAGACCAAUAAAAGAUGAUCAACAAUGUUACUGAUAAUUUCCAGAACAAGGAAAUUCAAAAUAGCCAAAGACUACAGGCCCUCAAAGUUACCUACGAAGGGUCAUUGAAGGUCAUGUACGAAAACCACAACCAAAGUGUCGCCAGAUUGCAGUCCCAGUAUGAGGAGGCAAUUAAAGAUAGCGACUACUUCGAUUCGGAAAGCUGGCUACGCGUUAGUAAUACAUAGAAAUUGAGAAAAAAAUGAUUAUUCUCCUAUCCCCAUCAUCUCAUUCUUUCAGUCGCUGACUCUAAAGGAAAUUUCGGA